GCACACUACAUCUUGGUAUUGUAAACUGCUUUCACCAUGGCCGGAGAAAAAUCUGGCUGUUUUACCUGGUGUGUUAGGUUAAAAGAAGCGUGCAAUGAAAGGUGGGCGCGGUUUAUCAACCGACUCCGUCGCCGAUUCUACGCAAGAAGAGGCCAAAGAGUCGACCCAGCUAGUGUUUUAAAUGAGACUGGAACAAAAGAUAUGGUACUGUCUAAAACACCACGCAAAUCCAACAUAGUGAUUCCCGACAUACUUGCUGGAAAUAGUGUCACAGUGGAACCACUUAGUGUCGGAUGUGCGACUGAGAAAGACUUUGACAAACAAGUUGAGGAAUAUGUAGCAAGGAUCAUACAGACAGCAGCCGACACAUUGAUGUCUGAGGCUCAGUUGCUUAGCAACACCAGAAUAAUCACUGUGAACACAGAGGACAACGUGUCCUUGACUUCAAGCGUUAUCAGCCAAAUAGCAGACAUUGCUGUAACUGACAGUUUGAGUAAUAUUGCCAUGGAAAGCGACAUCAACCAGUCGGCAAUCAACUUGAACAAGUUGAGGAGAAUUGAAGAACUCAUGGAUAAUUAUGGAACCGUUGCAGACGAUAAGGAUGAUGCCUCCGGUGUACCAUCUGGCAAGGUUUAAACCAAAUGACAAGACAGACAUGCAAGCCUAUUUUUUCUACGUUUUACUUUUGUCUUUCGUUAAUUGUGCAUAUUUUUGUUUCCAAUGUUGUGCUAUGAUGAGGUUCUGAAUUUUGAAUAAAAUUCAUCGAAACUUCAA